AUGUCCAUCGGAUUGCGGACGCCGUUCGAUGCCUACUUGGAGAAGAAAGAGAUGGCGGAGGAAGAGCGGAAGGCCGAGAGGAGGAGGCAGCACGCCAUGCAGCACGAGAUACGGAAGGAGAUUGAUCAUAACCUAUCCCACCAGCUGAAGCUUUCCUCCAUGGUAGUCCAGUCGCGCUUGACCAUGGCAGCGGAUCAUAGCGCUCUACCCGCAUCAGCGCUGGUCAAGAAGAUCGACAACAAAUUGCAACAAUAUCGGCAGUUGAAAAUGAAUCAACCGAGCAGCUUGCCCGACGCUCUCUUCAGAAAGUCUCCGGCAGCCGCUGCCUCCAACGAGGCCCCCGACCUUGUUCUAUGGAAUCAGGUUGGUAGGUCGUCGCAGCAGAAGUACGUGCCCGAGAAUGCGGAGCAGCUCCGAGCCGAGACGAUCGCCAAACAGCAGAUGAUUCAGAAUCGCAAGGUGCAGUCAGACAAGCUCAUAAAGCUUGUCAAGUCCAACGAGCGCAUCCACGACUGCAUUCAAGCCGGCGGCGAUCCGUUGACAGCGAUCAAACUCCUGCGCAUGAUAGAGACAUCGGUCCAUGAAGUUGACAAGGACGGGAAGACCUGUCUGGGCAGGUGCCUUGAAAAGGAGCCGAUCACUUCGUCCAAGAUCCAAGUGCUGAUUGAAGCCAAUGCAGACGUCAACACUGUUGACAGCAAAGGCAGAUCAUGUGUUAUGAAGGCGGUGGAAAUGAUCGAUUACUUCUGCAGCCGGGGAGCCAACGUCAAUCUUCCUGAUCAGGCGGGAAACACACCACUGAUAGAAGCAGCCUGCAGGGGGAACAAGGAAGUUGUCAGGAAGCUGCUAACAUCCAAGGCGGAUCCCAGGAAGAAGGACAGGUUGAGGAGGACUCCGUUGGAGAUCGCUACCCUCUGGGGGAGGAAGGGUGUGGUGCUGAUGAUUGAGAGCUGGCUGCAGGAUCACCACGACAAGAAGCACUCCUAG